AUGGUUAACCUUGUUGCUUUGAUCUUUUUUAUCUUUACUAUUCGUGCUCGUCCUACUUUAACCAUUGAGCAACAAUUUUUUGAAUUAUCUACUAUAACUGAACAAGAACAUACUGUAACCAGUGUACUUAUGCAAUCAGUGAUAUUACCUUGUAAAGCUAUUUUACUCAUUAUGGAACCUGAAAAAGUAAUGUGGUAUAAAACAACCAAUUCUGUUCAAUCACCUUUAAGUGUUGGCAAAUCUUUAAUAACAAAAGAUUCACGUAUAAGUGUUGCCUAUUAUAGUUUUGAUCAUGGACUUUCACCUGCUAAAUGGGAUUUACAUAUAACAGAUGUACGUUUAUCGGAUGCAGCUCGUUAUCAAUGUCAUGUUAUACAAAAAGAUGGUCGUAUUUCAGCUCGUUCUAAUGUUAAACUUGUCGUUGAAGACAUAAUUAUAAGUAUUCAACCAAGUGAUGUUCUUUUAUCAAUUGGUGAUAAAACAGAAUUUUCUUGUAAUUUUACUGGACAACAUCGAGUACGACGUGAUAAAAUAACUUGGCUUAAAGAUGGUAAACCACUCACAUCUGAUGCAAGUCAUAUAACAACAUCAACCGAAUUACCUAAUGUAACAGUAACUGUUUUACAUAUAAUUGCAUCUCGUCCAAGUGACAGUGGUUCAUAUCGUUGUUCAGAUGGUCAUAGUGCUCAAAGUAAAGAAGCUAAAUUAUAUUUACGUGAUGGUAAUUUACAUACAUUUCUUCGUUCUUUAUCAUCAUCAACUUCUAUUUCGAAAUUUUUUUCAUAUCGAACAGUUUUUUGUUUAUUCAUUUUUCUUUUUUUUUCUUUACAAUAA